UUCGGCACUUGCUCUCUCCAUCCAUAAGGAUCAUUUCGCUCUAUUUAUUUUAUUUUAUAUAUCUCACAAGAGAACUAAUCGUCAACUUUCAACGUAAUCACUCCAGUCCCGUCGAGCGUUCAUCAUGUCCUGGUUGCAUUCCAAGAAACAUAAGGAGAAGGAGAAGGAGAAGGAGAGAGAAAAGGAAAAAGAAAAGGAAGCUGCCUUGUCCGCCACUUUCAACUCGUCGCUACAGAUAAGCCCCUCGCCCACAGCAUCCUCUGCCUCGGCAACGUCCCCACCAAAAUCGAACGGCCACUCUCAGACAGCUUCCACUUCCUCAACGCACUCAAUCACCCCACCUGGGUCUGGUCACUUGCCAUCAAUUUCAGGACAGUCGCAACAGAAUGGCUCCUCUAGCGCGAAGGCCGAAGGAGGCGCAUCCAAAAAUGGGUUCUUAGUCAUCCGAGUUGUUGAAGCACGAGGCUUGACGCUGCCUCCUGGUUCUAAUAGCCAACCAUUCGUUCCAAAGCAACAACCUGUCGCCACAGCCAGUAACAGAGAAUCACUCCAACGCAAGUGGUGGCUGCCAUAUGCUGUGCUGGAAUUCGACAAGAACGAAGUUCUGAUUGACGCAUUGGGUGGCGAAUUGGCUAACCCUGUCUGGCAAUACAGAGCUCAUUUUGAUGUCUCAAGAGUUUCGGACAUCCAGUUGUCGCUCUAUAUUCGCAUUCCUAGUCCCAAGGCAAUGGCAGCUUUGGAUAAGACUGGCAACAUCACGGAGAACGAUAGUGAGGAUGUAUUUUUAGGAAAUGUCAAGCUUGAACCCCGUUGGGACGAACAGAUGCAAGAUGAGUGGUUCACUCUUCAAGGAGGUACAGGCAAAGUGCGUGUGCAAGUGGCCUUCAAAAGAAGUGCAAACACGCCAUUGACAAUAGAUGCAUUCGAUUUGCUGAAGGUCAUCGGAAAAGGCAGUUUUGGCAAGGUCAUGCAAGUACGGAAGCGCGAUACAUCCCGUAUCUAUGCCAUGAAGAUUAUCCGCAAGGCACAUAUCAUCUCACGCAGUGAAGUCAACCACACGUUGGCAGAACGAACAGUCUUGGCUCAGAUCAACAACCCUUUCAUUGUCCCUCUUAAAUUUUCUUUCCAGUCGCCGGAGAAACUGUAUCUUGUUCUUGCAUUUGUCAACGGCGGAGAACUGUUCCAUCAUCUGCAACGUGAGGGCCGAUUCAGUGAAGAGCGGUCUCGAUUUUAUGCUGCAGAACUGAUGUGCGCACUCGAGUGCCUGCAUGGAUUCAAUGUUGUCUACAGAGAUCUCAAGCCAGAAAAUAUCUUGCUGGAUUACACUGGCCAUAUUGCUCUGUGUGACUUUGGUCUCUGCAAGCUUGGCAUGACUGAAACUGAGACUACUAACACGUUCUGUGGCACACCUGAGUAUCUCGCGCCAGAGCUUCUUCUCGGUCAGGGAUAUACCAAGACAGUAGAUUGGUGGACCCUUGGUGUUCUUCUCUACGAGAUGUUGACCGGACUUCCCCCAUUCUACGACGAAAACAUUCAUGAGAUGUACAGAAAGAUUCUACAAGAUGAGCUCCGCUUCCCAGAUGAGGUCGCUCCAGACGCACGUGCGCUCUUGUCUGCACUCUUGACAAGAGAUCCCAAUCAACGUCUGGGUAACAAUGGUUCAAGCGCAAUCAAAUCACAUCCGUUCUUCAAGCCCAUUUCUUUCCCUCUGUUGAUGGCUAAAAAAAUACAACCACCUUUCAAGCCCUCAGUCUCAUCAGCGAUUGAUACAUCCAAUUUUGACGAAGAGUUCACGAGCGAGGAGCCUAUGGAUUCAGUUGUGGAGUCAUCCUUCUUGAGCGAGACUGUCCAACUACAGUUCAAGGGUUUCACCUACAAUCCUGCCAAUGAUGGUGUUCUCGGUGCCAGCAUGGCGAAUCAUAGUGCUCUUGGCUCGUCUGGAGAUCGAAUUAUAAACGGGCGUGCUGGAGGUGUGGGUCAAGGACGAGGCGGUUAUUAAAUUUUUGGACCAAGGCAAUGUGAAUAAAUACAAUAAAUUUU